GAAUUGAAGUUGUAAAGAGGAGAGAACGUGCGACUUCUUCUCUUCAUUCUUCGACUCCAAAUUAAUUUUACAAACAAAACCUUUCUUUCUUUGUUUCUUCUUUUUUUCUGAUAUAUAUUUCUUCUUACAUCAUCCAUCAAUCAAAUCCAUCCAAUCCAAAUCCAAAUCAGUCCAACUAUUUUCUCUAUUAAUUCUUUCUCAUUCCAUUCUCUUUCUCUCUCUCUCACACACAAUCACCUUCUACUGCGUGUUCCCAAUUUCCAUUUCAAUUCAAGCAGUGACAAAACACAAAGGCUUCCUUGGGUAAUGUUGAUUUGCAGAAAUCAAUUAUUUGUGUUAAAGGGGUAAAAGUUCUUCUGUUAAAAGAUACCAACAGACAGUGAAAAUGACUCCGUCGAGUAAGGCUGAUAAAAAGGCAGCAUACGACAUUGCUGCCUGGACAUUCAACAUAGUCACUUCUGUUGGCAUCAUCAUCGUGAACAAAGCUUUAAUGGCAACAUAUGGUUUCACAUUUGCAACAACAUUAACGGGAUUACAUUUUGUAACCACAACCUUGAUGACUAUGGUUCUUAGGUGGUUGGGUUACAUCCAACCAUCUCAUCUACCCGUUGCAGAUCUUCUGAAAUUUGUCCUAUUUGCUAACUUCUCCAUUGUUGGAAUGAAUGUCAGUCUAAUGUGGAACUCUGUGGGAUUCUACCAGAUAGCAAAGCUGAGUAUGAUCCCUGUAUCCUGCUUGUUGGAAGUUGCAUUUGAUAAGAUACGAUAUUCAAGAGACACAAAACUUAGCAUUUUAAUCGUUCUUCUGGGUGUUGCUGUCUGCACAGUUACAGAUGUGAGUGUUAAUGCUAAAGGUUUCAUUGCAGCCUUUGUUGCAGUAUGGAGUACUGCUCUUCAACAAUAUUAUGUGCAUCAUCUUCAAAGGAAAUACCAGUUGAGUUCUUUCAAUUUGUUAGGGCACACUGCUCCGAUUCAGGCUGGAUCCUUGCUAUUAGCAGGCCCCUUUGUGGACUACUGGUUGACAAACAAGAGAGUGGAUGCUUUCAAAUAUGAUACGGCGUCUUUGUUGUUCCUAAUCCUAUCAUGCACAAUUGCAAUUGGGACCAACCUGAGCCAAUUUAUCUGCAUAGGGAGGUUCACAGCGGUGACCUUCCAGGUGCUUGGUCACAUGAAAACAAUACUCGUGCUGACUCUUGGGUUCAUAUUUUUUGGAAGAGAUGGUCUGAAUCUUCAUGUGGUUCUCGGAAUGAUCAUCGCCAUUAUGGGAAUGGUCUGGUAUGGUAAUGCUUCCUCAAAACCAGGUGGUAAAGAACGCCGGUCAUAUUCACUUCCCAAAACCAAUCUACCCAAAAAGGACUCUCUUCUAGAAACUUCUGAUACAGAUGAGAAGGUAUAAGCAAGCAGCUUCCUGAGUAUAAUAUAGAAGGCAUUUUUUUUCAUGACAUGAUCAUUGACAUUACUUUACAAACCCAAAUCUCUCUAGAAAAUCCGUCCAGCAGCGCUUGUUAUUUAAGUUAUAUACCAUAUGAUUUUUGUAUGUUAUUUUAAUUGUAUGCUUUAAAGAACUUCAAUGGGGAAAAUCAGAUCCUUUCAUUGUUUUAGAUCCCCCUAAAGGGUACUUAUCUUUUUCUUUACUUUUUGUUGAACCUGUGAGUAUAUUUAAACUGGACUUGUUUUAGAUCUC